CUCUAGAUAACUUCAUAUGCCCUGACACUUCUCCCGCCAUUGUCCACAUAAGUUAGCUGACAACUUUCCUCAGAUUUGCGCAUUGUGACAGCGAAUGCUGCAUACCAAAUAUCUUAAAAAUCUACAAUCACUCCAGAAGAAAUACCUAAAUCGUCUACCAUGGCACAUGAAAGCGGCGCGAGCGCUGUCUUUAUGGAUCCCAGCAAUCCUAGAAAUUAUCCCAGAUUUAGACGCAACGUCCUUUCAUGGUCUCAGCUUGCGUUGCAUCUUAACCUGUCUGGCCCCGAGCAAGUGAAAGAAUGGAUGAACAGCGAGUUUUUCCAGCCCUAUUGGCAAGAACUCUACGAGGCUGUCAUUGCUCCCGCUCAACUUUCCGCACGCGUAUCCGGGACUCGUCGCCCGCGUGGGCCUAGACUGUCCAUUGUGCAAUACACUCUCGUCGAAGGAGAGAGGGGUGGCGAACAGACAUUUUCGAGGAGGAAGCUGGACAAGUCAGACUGGGACAUCGUCGACCAUUACGCAAGAUUUUUAUACAUGGUCCGGUCAGAAAAUAAGCUGGACAAGAAGGGUGUUUUCUUCGCAAGGGAUGAUUUGACGAAUGAGGAGAUCGAUAUGUUGAUCUGGAAAGCGUUACAAAAGAAGAGUCACGAGACGGCGCCGAGUCGUGUAAGGCGAAAGCUCUCUCCCAAAACCGUUCAACAGUGAUACAUUCCAAGCAGCAAUCUUUUGAGAUUGUAGCGGUUUAAAAGCC